UUGCAGUUUUUUUCAGAGAGUGAGUGCAUAUUGAGAGCCAAAACACUAAGAAGUGGUGUUUAUUAUUCUUCCGUAUUUUGUGUCAAUUUAAAUAAUGUUUUGAACGCAUCCAAUGCACACAGCAUUUGGCAUAUCAUAUGUUUUUUUCUGGGAAUUCUUGGAGGCAAUCAUUUAGUGGCAAUAAAGCAACGGUUCCAGAGUUGAUCUCAUCAUCAGUGAUGGAGAAUAAUGAAAAUGAGUCCCAAAUCGCUAACUUCUAUAAGGGUCGUAGCGUUUUCAUCACCGGUGCCACUGGUUUUAUGGGAAAAGUAUUAGUGGAAAAGUUAUUAAGAUCAUGCAGUGAAGUGAAAAACAUAUAUGUAUUGCUCAGAACUAAAAAAGGUCUGAACGCCCGUUCCCGUCUCGACGAACUACUUAAUGCUAAAAUAUUUGAGAAGAUUCGUGACGAAAACCCGAAGGCAUUAAAUAAAAUUAUUGCCAUUCAGGGAGAUAUCACUCUCAAUGGUUUAGGGAUAUCUGAAUCGGAUUUAGAUUUAUUAACAAAUGAUGUCUCAAUAGUAUUUCAUUCGGCAGCCACUGUCAAGUUUGACGAACCCUUGAAGACAUCCGUUGAGUUCAAUGUAAUCGGAACCCGAAGAUUAGUCGAAAUAUGCCAUAAAAUGCCUAAACUUGUGGCGUUAAUACAUGUGUCGACCGCUUACGCCAAUUGCAAUCGUUCAGAGAUCGAUGAACUUUUAUAUUCACCGCCUGUAUCGCCACAAAAGAUUGUGGACGCCGUCGACUGGAUGGACGACGACUCGAUCAAUGCACUGACACCUAAAUUAUUAGGAGACAGACCUAACACUUAUACGUAUACUAAGGCAUUGGCCGAAUCGUUGUUAGUUGACGAGUGCGGUAGCUUACCGGUUGCUAUUGUCAGACCAUCUAUUGUGACAGCUUCCUGGAGGGAACCACUUAGAGGAUGGGUUGAUAACAUAAACGGACCGACUGGUCUGAUUCUGGCCAGUGGUAAAGGUGUAUUACGAACAAUGUUGUUUAACUCAAAAGCGUGCGCUGACUUAAUACCAGUGGACACAGUUAUUAAUUUAAUGAUAUCAGUUGCCUGGUAUACGGCCACUCAACAGCCAAAUAGUAUUAUGGUUUACAAUUGCACCUCAGGUCAGCACAAUAAGAUUACUUGGGGUGACAUCGAGAGGAUUGCCUUUCCAUUGCUUUUACAAUAUCCGAGUACUCAAAUUUUUCGAUACCCGGGCGGAAAUUUUAAGGAAAGUCGUAUAAUUAAUGACAUUUGCUGUUUCUUUGACCACAUGGUUCCCGCUUACUUCUUUGACACACUCAUGGCAUUGACGGGACGCAAAAAAAUGAUGGUUAGAUUAUAUGAAAAGCUACAUCGAGCUACCAGUGCACUGGAAUGGUUUACUACUCGUGAAUGGAAAUUUAGUGCAAACAAUGUAUUAAUGCUUAUCGACCAGCUUAAGGGAGCAGACAAGGAGACAUUCCAUUUCGACAUCCGUGACCUCCAUUGGCCCACAUAUUGGGAAGAUUAUGUGUUGGGUUCCCGUAAAUAUAUACUUAAAGAGGACAACUCUACACUACCAAAGGCUCGAAGCAAUCUUCGACGGAUGUAUAUAAUGCACAAAUUGAUUGGAUUCUUAGUUAUUUAUGGCAUUUGGCAUCGAUUCCUGUUGCGCACACAUGUGGCCCGUCGUCUCUGGCUAUUCAUGACCUCAUUAGUGAUGAGAUUGUUUAAUAUAUUGCCCGCCAUUCUUAACAUUUAACGCUACAAAAAAAACGAUUAAUAAUUAGUAAUUUUUUUUAUAAUAAGUCACAUUUUUUUGUUUUGUUUUGAUUAGAAGUCAUUUUUUAAAAAACAAAUUAUAGAUUUAAUAAUACGUUUACCGAUACAAAAUAAUUAAUUUUUAAAAGUAUAGAGAAAAAAGUUUUAUCAUUAUAUAUAUAUAUAU